GGCCGGCAGGGGGCGCAGGCGCAGUCGGUGCAGCCGCCGCCGCCGCCGUUCCGGAGCCGCCGGAGCGGCCGCACCGGGCGAUGCGAUGACAACGUCCACCCUGCAGAAAGCCAUCGACCUGGUCACCAAAGCCACCGAGGAGGACAAGGCCAAGAACUACGAGGAGGCGCUGCGGCUGUACCAGCACGCCGUGGAGUACUUCCUGCACGCCAUCAAAUAUGAGGCUCACAGUGACAAGGCCAAGGAGAGCAUCCGAGCUAAGUGUGUGCAGUACCUGGACCGGGCAGAGAAGCUGAAGGAGUACCUUCGCAGCAAGGACAGGCAUGGAAAGAGGCCGGUCAAGGAGGCCCAGAAUGACAACAAGGGGAGUGACAGUGACAGCGAGGGCGAGAACCCUGAGAAGAAGAAGCUUCAGGAGCAGCUGAUGGGUGCCAUCAUGAUGGAGAAGCCCAACGUGCGGUGGAGUGACGUGGCCGGACUGGAGGGAGCCAAGGAAGCCCUGAAGGAGGCUGUGAUCCUGCCCAUCAAGUUCCCACACCUGUUCACAGGGAAGCGCACGCCCUGGCGCGGGAUCCUGCUCUUUGGGCCGCCCGGCACUGGCAAGUCCUACCUGGCCAAGGCUGUGGCCACCGAGGCCAACAACUCCACCUUCUUCUCCGUGUCAUCCUCUGACCUGAUGUCCAAAUGGCUGGGGGAGAGCGAGAAGCUGGUGAAGAACCUGUUUGAGCUGGCAAGGCAGCACAAGCCCUCCAUCAUCUUCAUCGACGAGGUGGACUCACUGUGCGGCUCCCGCAACGAGAACGAGAGCGAGGCAGCCCGGCGCAUCAAGACCGAGUUCCUGGUGCAGAUGCAGGGUGUGGGGAACAGCAGUGACGGGAUCCUGGUGCUGGGUGCCACCAACAUCCCCUGGGUGCUGGACUCAGCCAUCAGGAGAAGGUUUGAGAAGCGAAUCUACAUCCCACUGCCCGAGGAGGCAGCGCGGGCCCAGAUGUUCCGGCUGCACCUGGGCAACACCCCGCACUCCCUGAAGGACGCCGACAUCCUGGAACUCGCCCGCAAGACCGAUGGCUACUCGGGGGCCGACAUCAGCAUCAUCGUGCGGGACGCCCUCAUGCAGCCUGUGCGAAAGGUGCAGUCGGCCACGCACUUCAAGAAGGUCCGCGGCCCCUCCCGCACCACCCCCGGCGUCCUCGUGGAUGAUCUCCUGACGCCGUGCUCGCCCGGUGACCCUGGGGCCACUGAGAUGACCUGGAUGGAGGUGCCCAGUGACAAGCUGAUGGAGCCCAUUGUCUGCAUGUCGGACAUGCUGCGCUCGCUGGCCACCACCCGCCCCACCGUCAACGCCGAGGAUCUCCUCAAGGUGAAGAAAUUCACGGAGGACUUUGGACAGGAAGGUUGAGGGGGGCAUGGGGGGGUGUGGGGUUGGGGCGGCCAUGGGCCCUGCUCUGCCCCCCCUCCCCGGGCGUGCCAAACCAACUCAUCUUCGCUCACUCCCUCCCAUCGCACUGCAGCACCCAGCGGGCGCAGGGACACAGCCCGGGGGGCUCACACUACGGGGUGGGGGUCUGAGCAUGGCCUGGGCAGCUGGGUGCCCCUCUGGCUGCGCUCCACUCUUCUUCUUGCUCUUUUUUAUUUUUUAAAUUAAUGCUGCUUUGGGUUUCGUCUCGUUUAUAUGAAAAUAAAAACAAUCCAAAAGCUUCAGCCAGCA